AUUUUUAGAACGUUAUAAAUCGACACGAUGGAAAAUAGCGAUCCGAAUCUUAAAAAAGGAAGUGGAAAGUUUUCAUUCUUAAACGGUGACACAUAUGAUGGAGAUUAUGCGUUGCAUUUAAUUAAUGGCACUUUGGUUAAAAACGGUGAAGGAGUAUACGUUACAGACGAUUUUAAUACCUAUAGCGGUAAGUGGGAAAACGAUAAUUUUGUCGAAGAAAAUUUCUUCAUUCAGCAUAACAACGGAACGCGAUAUAAUGGUGGAAUUAACGCGAAUGGACAGAUGAGUGGCAAAGGUAUAUAUCAUUUUCCCGACGAUUCAUCGAUAAACGCAAUAUGGUAUGAAAAUAAGCCCGUUUCCGAGAUUACUUAUCAAGAUUCACUCGGUUACGUUUGGAUCGUUAAAACUAUUUCGGAUGACUCGAUUUACUUCAUGCCUAACAAUCAUUUUUGGACCGAAACAUGUCGAGCAACGACGUCCGAUGACGUUCCGGUGCAAUCGUCGCUAUCGAUUUUAUCCAAUUCGACUUGUUUUUCAAACAUUCUAUCAAAUAAAUAAUCUCAAUUGAUUGAUGUACUCUAUCUAAUAAAAAUUCGAUCACGAUUAU